AAAAAUUUCCACCCUGAAAUAGAAUUUGUAGAAACUACGUGAAAGAAAACUGCAUGUACCCGAAAAUUUUUCUGGAGGAACGGUGCAGACUUUUGAAAAUUUUAUGAUCAACUGGAUUUCCAAAAUUUCAUAUCAGAUCACAUCUGUGGAACGUUAGAAUUCCUCAUUGUUACGAAUCGAAGAACUGGAACGUGAUGGAAAAAAAUAAAAAAAAAUUCACGUCCAACGACUGAUAUUGGAACUUUUGGUAUUGCGACGACAAAAGCCCCGACUCGACGUUAUUGUAUCUGCACUGUAUAAUCAGCGUAGUAAAAUUCGAAUGACGUAUUCCAUAACGUAAUAAUACACGUUUUGCAACAUCAGCCAUAAAAAAUUUGUCGAGUUUUUAGUUUCGGUAUAAUUUCAACUCCAGUGUCUUCGUUUCAAUACAUUCUGUAACCACCGUUUUAUUUUUACCGGCUUUAAUGAAUCUUACGCAAUAAGUUUUACUACAAUACACACAUGUAUACGUACGAGAAAUAUAUAAAAAAAAAAAAAACAGAAAAAUCAGUGCUUUUCUCGAUAUUUUCAAAUACUUCGAUUCGUACACUACACUUAUGGAGUAAUACGCGUAACACAAUUAUAGCAUUAUUCCCACCAGGUGUAAGGUGGAGGGAGUCGGGAAUUAUCAUCGUUCAACGCCGAUAAUUGACCCGAGUAUUACAUUACUUUCAGUGAUACGGAAUAAUAAGUGACUUUAUAAGCAGUGCAGAUUUCGAUAGUUUUGAAUAAAAAAAACUUAAAAAAUAAAUUGCAAGAACUUACAACUUCAAAAGAUGAGUCUCAAUUUGUUGCUCUGAGUGCGACGGGACGUCGAAAAAACGUCACCUGAAAUAGUUCGGUAUGAGUACAGGAGAAUCUCUACUCCGGGAGCCAAGAUGACGAGGCGCCAUUUUUUGGCGGGUGCACGCCGCGCCAUCCUCUUCGCCGGGGUCCUGACUCUCCUCAUAAUCGCCCUAUCGAAUCCGGAGAGUUCGAACGAAAUUUCGCAGCCGGUUUCGGGGGAGGAGGAUACCAUGACUAUCGAGGACCGUAUAAUGGAAGAGGAGACGAUGGUGGAGGCGGAAUAUCGACUAUCUGACAGAAGGACUUUUCUUGCAAAAAAAUGUGCUGAGGAAGGUUUGGAUCGUCCUGGAAAUGAUUCUCUGCACAAACCUAACGCCUGGGAGUUUCUCGUUAACAGACAACACCAUCUCAUUUGGUGUAACGUUUUCAAAGCCGCCUCGACUUCUUGGAUGUACAACUUCAAUCUGCUAGCUGGAUAUAGUCCGCAGUUUUUGAAGGCGUCGAAGGCGGUCCCACUGUCCCUGGCGAGACAGAGGUAUCCAAGACCGACGGCUGAGCAACUUGCGAAUUACUUGAACGACAGUCUAAGUUUUUUGAUCGUGCGACAUCCUUUCGAGAGACUUUUGAGUGCCUAUAGGGAUAAACUUGAGCACAGUUUACCCAACAGUUUUCAUAGCAAACUGGGAGCCCACAUCGUCUCACACCAUAGAGUAAAGGGUUCAUCGAAGGGCGGUCGUCACGGUCCGAGAUAUCCACUUUUUGAGGAAUUCGUUCGGUGGCUUCUUGGCGAAUGGAAAGCUGGAAACGAAUUGGACAUGCAUUGGACACCGAUCGCCAAUUUUUGCACACCUUGUCAAGUCCGUUUCGACAUAAUAGCCAAGUUUGAGACACUCCACGAGGAUCAGAACUAUUUGAUAAAGCAAGCUCACGUAGACCACAUCAUUAAACCAGAGUGGAAGAACCCUACUCGUGGUUCGCAGACGAAGGAUGUCAUGAAAGGCUACUUCGCACAGCUGACAAAGUCCCAGAUCAAAGAACUUUAUCAAAUGUUUAAAUACGAUUUCUUAUUGUUCGAUUAUCAUCCGGAUGAUUACUUAUCGAUUGGAAAGGAAGAUGAAGAGACGAAAACGGUACCGGACGUUAACAUCUAGAAACUAGACAUCCAAACUUGGUCUGGAGUUGAUUUGGAAAUAUCGGGAAAACAACGUGAGAGCCUCCGCUCUAGGAGUAUAAAGGGGCCAUUAAAUUAUCCGGAAAGUUAACAGUUCCCGAUGACAAUUCAAUGCUUGAAGAUUUGCGAGAAAAACCCUGCAAGUUGUGCGCAAAUUGUUACGGGGCAAGGUCAGGUAAAAUUACAGGAUGGUUGUCUUCCAUUACCCAUUUGAUUUCCCGGUACACAUAAACGGUCAAGCCCCAGUAAUACUCGAACUAUCUUCAAGGGUGAUAAAUGUUAAGUAAGUGAACAUGUUCCCUAAUAACAGCAAUACAGCGAGAGUAAGGACGAUUCGGCUCAUAAAAUACGCAGAAUAUUUCCGUAUUGGAAGUGUAAUUAUUUUGUUUAUCUUCCUUAUAUGUAUAGGAUCAUUAUACGUGAAUGUCUAGCGUGAGUAGAUUUAUAGGUGAUCUGCAGUUUUUUCCAGGGAUUGCGACUUUGAACCCACUGACAAAUUGCAGUUUGUCGCCAACAACGAAUAUAAAACUUUUAUAGAAUGAUUUUCAGAUAUCAUAGUCAUUCCAGCAUUUUAAAAAGUAAACAUGACUAUAAAGGUCGAUUCUAGUUUUAUUCUAUUCAUGUUCUUACUGAUUUAUCGUAAUUUAUAGCCUGAUUUAUCAUACAUAUAGAGCUUAUAGAGGCUUCCAGUCAGGGCAAGGAAUAAUGAACAUAGGAACGACUAAUAUAAUUCGUGAAAGGGAACGACUACAGGUAAGGUCGCAUUGAGGUAAACAAGUGUUUGGUGCUAUAUAGCUGUAGGUGAUUUAAUAACUUCAGAUAUCUAAUAUUGCAAACUCAAUAUCUAAUAUACUAUGAUAUACCUAUGACACCUAUAAUCGUCGAAGAAUAAUUCCCACUCCGUACCAUCCCUUCCUCUAAACUCACAUGUUACAACGAAAUUUUAUGUAAUAAUAACUAUAUUUUCCUUGAUAGAUUAUUCAAAAGUUAAAAGCCAUUGUGUUGUAUAUUCCCCUGCAACUAUUUUAAGGAAAAUGUGGUCGAUGUCCUAAUAUUGUACACAUGGUGUCUAUUAGCGCAUAUCAACUUAUUAUUAUAAUUGCGCAGCCAUUGAAAAGACUACAGUAAUUUUUAUUGAUAUUAAUGACUUUUGUAAAUCAUUUGUUAUUGAAUUUUUAAUUGGCACGAUGUCAAAACUCUUGAAAACAAACUGUUUGAUUACUGCGUGAUACACCGCUUGUCGACAAACAGUAACUAGAUCCACAUUUUGGAAUGAAACAAAUAAUUAUUAGCUUUCGAAAUUAUAAUCAUGGAUGCAUCUUUUGAUGAUGUGAAAAGUAUAAAGAGUGGCUUCUAAUUUGUUGAUCAAUUAAUUGCAAUUCAACUGUGAAAUAUCAUAAAACAUAAAUUAAUCGUUAAUUAUUUGCGCCAUCAAAUGGUGUUUGACAGGAUUUUAAAAACUAAUAAUAAUUGAUUAUACCUAAUGUAAUAUAUUAGUAUAAUGUAUACCUGUAAUUACAUAUUGUUAUAUUAAUAGUUAAUUUUUGAAUUAAAAAUAAAUUUGUUAAAUCGACCAAAGUGACACAGAAUUUAUGCGGGUAUACAUAUUAUCGAUUAGUAACGACGAUUUUCUUUAAAGAUAGUAUCGUUCGAACAAAAAAAUCGUUAAUUGUAAAUAUAUGUGUAAUAUAAACGCGCAUUGUUUGAAAAUAUGUGUCUUAGGAAAGAAAUUAAUAAAUUGUUAGAGCUUGGA